AUGGCUACAGCUAGAAAUGACCUCGAGCAUACAGCCACUGGAGCAAGCGACAAUGAGGAGGAUCCCGCAAGACGAACCAGAGCCCGCGUCUCGCGAGCAUGCGCUAGGUGUCGCAGUAGGAAAGACAAAUGCGAUGGCCAGCAACCACAAUGCCACAACUGCGCAGGAGCAGGGCAAACUUGCCUUUAUCUGCCAGCAAGCAAAAAGAGGGGCCUUCCAGAAGGCUAUGUCCGAGGAAUGGAAAAGCUAUGGGCCGUCAUGAUCCAGAAAAUCCAGGGCUUGGAUGACACCGUGGAAAGGAUCAUGAAUGACAACCAAGAAGAGCUGUUACACCUCUGGAACCAUCAACGCCAUGGUGAUGACUUGCACCUGGGAUGGAAGGAGUCUAAGAUACUGGCUGCGCUUGAAAAAGUCCUAUCCCAACUGGAUCAAACAUCUUCAAGUGACCUCAAAAGGAAACGGGAUGCCGCUGACAAUGGCCAUACCCAACAUUCCCAGACCGAACCUCGUGCUGAACCUGAUCAACUCUCAGCACAAUAUCAAGUGACCAGUCUCAGACCGAGUCCAUCACAUCAAUCGACGGUCUCUCAAGCGGAAGAACCAUCGGCCGCUCUUGAGGUAGAUCUUCCAGAAUCUGCACCAAAUUUACUCAAUCACUAUUUCAAAUAUACUCACUGUUGGUUCCCCAUUCUGAACCGACCAAACACACUGAGGAAACUUUACGAAUACAGGAGGUCAUCCCGGUCAACGCAACCGAAAUCGGCCGAUCUGGCACUUCUGUGGGCAAUUUGUGCUUAUUCGCAGCAGCAAGUAUCACGUUCUAGUGCCAGUGAGGUGCUCAAUCAGGAUAUGGAUGCCACCAUCCAGCAAAUGCGCCGAACAGCCCGAUCGCUGAUACCGACAGAGACAGAAAACCUCGAGUCUGGACACAUUCAAGCCAUUCUUCUCAUAGUACUUCUUGAUAUGGGCACAGGGAGUUGGACUUCUGCUUGGUUGUUGAUUGGUCUCGCAGUUCGAAUGGUGUUAGACAGGAUUGAGUCAUUGGAGAGUCCAGGAAAAGUCUGGCUUGCAACGUUGCAAGGCUGUUUCGUCCUAGAUACCUUGAUUGCAGUUCGAUUGGAGAGACCCCCUCAUCUGCAAAGUGGUCAUCUGAAGCGUGCCAACUUUCUUGAUGCAGACGGACACGAAGAAUGGGAACCAUGGCAACCAGGAGGAAAUGAAGCCACCCAGUCUCGUGAACCCGCCUUUACAAUCAGUUGUUUCAAUAGACUGACAGAUCUUUGUAUGAUUGUCAACUUCGCCUGUCUACAACAGCAACCCCAGCCAGUGACAGAUCAGGCAGUGAUGGAAGCCCACCAUGUGGCCCAGCAGUUCACUUUUCCGAUCAUGACGGUGGAGCAGAGGCCUCCUCAUCAAAUGCUCUUGCAGGCAACCUACUUUGCUAUACUCGUCAAAAUCUGUCAUGCUACCCAUGAGUCGCAGACGAUUCCCCGCUGGCGAUUUCUGGAAACGCUGGAACAUUUUGACAACACGUGGGGUCAACCUGAACAAUGUGGCAUUCCGUCUCUUCUUUCCACUCUCUGUUAUCUGGUGGGCUCAAAAAUUCAAGAUUCCACAGAAGAUCCCACGGCUCACACUAAAGGAGCUCUCUGCGGCAGACUCUACCAUGUGAUGCUGAAAUUAUCCAAGACAUGGCCUGAUUUCAAGAACGCUAGCAACUCUUACAUGUUCAGUCUAUCAAUCAUGUCUGAUCCGAGGUCACUACCGCAUCCGGACAACCAAUCCGUCCUGCGGUAUGAUCCUCGAAGUGGUACCAACUAUGUGUCGCAACCAGGCCAAGCAGAGGUAUGGCCCUCCCAGGCAUCCUUGUUUGAUAAUGAUAUCAGCACCCCUGGUGUGAACCCAAACACAGUGGGCAGGUAUGCAAAUCGAGUGGAUCAUCAUGUCCCUCUGGCAGAUUCAUUUGGAGCCCGCCCGCCAUUCAAUCAGGUGCCAAUGGACUUCAGUUCGAUAAACAUGGAUAUAUCUGAACCAAGUAAUCGACCUUUGCUUGGACCCGCUUUGAGUCAGAGAGCUAGCUCGACGGGCGGAAUGGCCACGUCUCCUAGCUUUAAUGGAGAUGAGAUCGAUGCAUUGUUUCAUGAAAUGGCUGAACUCGAUACUACCCAGUGGUCACUCGAUCGAACUCAAGCAUUAAAAGACUUUGGAUUUUCAGACGACACGACAUUUGAAGCAUUCUGCAAUGAUCCAGAUCGGCUCAUGCUGUCUGAUGCAUAUAUGGGUCCUUUUGGACAGGGAGCAAAGGGUGGUAAUGGUUUUGUCAAUCAGUCCCUGCUGGGUGGGAAUCCUCCGACCUCGAUCCAACAACAGGGUGAAUUUGGUCCGAGCUACGAUAUUGACAUUAUGGGGAACUCCUGGACGAAUUGA